GCCAAAUAGCCAAUAUUCAAUAAGUCUUCAUAGUAGUUUAAAGACCGAGUAUACUGUGCAUAAUAAGUAAUAACCCUAGCUUUAAUAAAAUAAAUCAAACACCUAAUAUUAUCUUACUAUUAAAUUGUUUCAAAUUUCGAUUCUAAACCAAAUUCUUGAGUCAAGACAUUGAAAUUACAAAAAUAAAGUUAAAAUAUGUUAUAUCUUUAGGUAUAUAAAUGAGUAAUAAUUUUAUUUUUUGCAAGUGAUUGUUUACUAACCAAUUAAAUGUUCAAUUUAUAAAACUUAUAAAAUGAAUAUAGAAGACAGACGUGAAGCGAGGCGCAAAAGAAUAUUAGAGAAUUCAGAACAUAGACUUAAAAAAAUUACUUCAUUAAAUUCUAAUCAAAACAUAUUAAACGAACAAUCUGAAUUUAUAAAAGACAAACCUGAAAAUUGUUCACAGAAUUCUGAAUUGCCCGAUUUUUCUGUUCAGAAAUGUUUUAAAGAAAAUGUGAUACCAACAGUUAUUGAAAACCAACAAGUGUUUAACUAUAAACCUGAUCAUUUCAAUCCAAAAUUACAUUCCAAAAAUGUUAAAUAUGAAAUUAAAUUUUCAUUUAUUACAAUCUUACAUAUUGUAUUAUCUCAAAUUGUUUUAGUGUUAUUCUACUAUGACUUAGGAUUUUUAUUUGGCAAUUCAAUAGUAGUGCCAUUUUUGCUUAGUUCAAUACCUGAAUUAUAUUCAUCAAAGGAACAACAUGAUAGUAUACACAUGAUUGUGUUGUUAAUGAUGGGGUUUUCUCAUAAUUUGGCAAGAAAUAUAUCUAGAUUUUUCAAAUUGGCAAGCACAACAGGGAAAAGAUUUUGUAUAUAUAUAUUUUGUUUUAUAUGUUCAUAUUCAAUACUCACAAAUCUAUAUUUUGAUGUUAAACUUAAUAAUUCUAUACGAUAACAAAUUUAUUUAUUUGUGAAAUGUAUGAUUUUAAUUUUUUUUACAAUGGUAUUAAUAAAUUUAAUGUACCACAAUAUGAUGAAUUUAAUAUUUUAGGCCAUUAGAAUAUGUUUUGGGAGUUUUUAAUUUAAAUAUUU